AUGCAAGUCAGACACGUCGUUGGAUUGACGGUGUUGCUGGUGGCGGCGGUGCCGUUGCAAAUGUACUUGAUGAGGUACAACCGAGACUUCAGAGACUUGGUGUCGGAAAUCGCGAAAAACUUACCGAACGACCUGCUACAGCUGUCUACCGACUACGUCACCGGAUACGUCGGCACCGCGAACAAUUACCUGCAAAGUACAUACGACUAUUUGGGUUUAUCAAAACCAUUUGAAGAUGGUUCACCGGGAGACCAAGAAGUGCCGGAAAAUUUAAUAAUGAAUUUUAGACCACCUCAUUUAGAAUUCAGGAUUGGAAAUGUGGUAUUGACACAUACCAUGACAGCAGGCGUUAUUGUUGGAUGGAACAUUGAUAUAACCGAUCUCACUAAAGAACCGGAAUACCUAAUUUUAUCGGAAGUUCAUGAAGAAUUGAUCAAAUUAGACCAAGACAAAAUUGUAGUUAUACUACAAAACAUUAAGAUAAAUCACAAAAAUAUAGACCAAUAUUUUAAAAGUUUUGAUGGAAUGGGAUACAUACCAAAGGAAUCAUUACAAAAACUGUACCCAAAAGGUUAA